GACUUUAAUCCGGAUGUGACUGGCAGUAUUUUCCCGGAUCGGUUGUCGCUGAGCUGGCUGGUCGAGUGCAGCCGAGCCGCGUCGUUAACUCGUGCUUUCUGUGGCUUGUUGUAACCUGUUUGUCGGUGAUGGGGGCCUCUGCGGGUCCGUGCGGAUCCGUGCUGCUCUGCCUAACUCUGCUCGUCUCUUCGACCCCGCCUUUGACCGCCUGGGACGCAGAUCUGGAGCUGCUGGACCUAGUGGAGGAGAUCCCACAGACAUUCUACCAGUUCCUGUCCCUUGAUCAGGAUGCCUCAGCAGCUGAGAUAAAGAAGGCGUAUCGACGGCUGUCUCUCUCUCUGCAUCCUGACAAGAACAAAGAUGAAAAUGCUGAAACUCAGUUCAGACAACUGGUGGCAAUUUAUGAAGUCCUGAAGGACGAGGAGAGACGACGCAAGUAUGAUGACAUCCUGGUUAACGGGCUUCCUGAUUGGCGGCAGCCGGUCUUCUACUACAGACGAGUGAGGAAGAUGAGCAACGCUGAGCUGGCCUUCCUCCUCUUCCUCAUACUCACUGUGGGACAUUAUGCUGUCAUCUGGUCCAUCUACUUGGAGAAACAGUUGGACGAGCUGCUGAGUAGGAAAAAGAAAGAGAAAAAGAAGAAGAUGAGCUCAAGACCUGCAGAAGACCUCAGGUGUCUCAGUCAGGAGAGGAAUGACAGAGUUCAGGACCGACCUCACUGGCAGGACAUCCUCCCUUUGAAGCUGAGCAUCUGGCUGUACCUGUCCAUCAAAAAUCUACCAAAGACCAUUCAGGAGGUGAAGCAGUACUAUGUGGACUACCGGCAGAUGAAGCAACAACAGAGGGAAGAAGCUGAAGCUGAACAGGAAGUCGUCCCCAGAGAGAAGAGGCCAAAAGUCAAAAAGCCAAAGGUGGAGUUUCCUGUUUAUGAACCACCGUCAGAGAACUUGAACUACCAGAGUUAUGACCAGACGACAUCCAUUGAGGAUAUUGAAGACCAGAUGGAUGAUUGGUUGCAGGAUCGCAGAGCUGAAAAGAAGAAGGUUGCAGACUGGUCAGAGGAUGAGCUGAGCCUCCUCAGCAGGUUGAUGGUUAAAUUCCCUGGAGGAUCUCCGGGUCGUUGGGAGAAGAUUGCUCAAGAACUGGGACGAUCAGUGACUGACGUGACAACAAAAGUCAAGCAGGUCAAAGACCACGUGAGCCACAGCUCAGGACUGGUGAAGCUCUCAGAGCUGAAGAGUCCUCCUUUUCCUGUGAGGUCACUUCCUGUUGCUGACACUGUGAUGACUCCGAGAGGAGGCGUGUCCUGUGAGGAAGAGCAAGAGGAGGAGGAAGAGGCAGCAGUGACAGUCAGGAGGAGAAACAGGAAGUCAGCAACAGCAGAAGGGGCGGAGGUAAAGGUCAGAGGGCGUCGGCAGAAAGAUUUCGACCCAGCUGCGGUGGAUGAAGAGGAGACCGAGUCUCGGGACAAUAGGGAGAAGGCAGAACCUGCCAUCUGGACUCAGAACCAACAGAAACUGCUGGAACUGGCUCUGCAACAGUUCCCCAGAGGAACUGCAGAACGCUGGGACCGCAUCGCCAAGGUGGUCCCUGGGAAGACCAAGGAGGAGUGUAUGAUUCGUUACAAGAUGUUGGCAGAACUCGUUCAGAAGAGGAAGGCUGAUAAAAGGUCAUGACCUCUGAGUCCGCCUCCUCUCGCUCUGACCUCUGACUUUCUGACAGGUGGAUCAUCUGAUACUUGUGAUGAUCAAUCAGUUGAUUGUCGGCAGUGUUUUAUAUUUUUGUCCAGGUGAGCCGCCCUGAUUGGACUGAAUUAUUUGUUUGUUCGUCUUUUUCUUAUUUGUGCAAUGUGGCGUUUCACCUGUUCAGGUGUGUUUUAUCAAAGGAAUUAGGUACCGAGUGUGAACUUACCUGACUGCUGACCUCACAGCUUCAUGUGCCUUAGCUCCGUUCAGCAUGCUGCCAAUCAACUUCUGUUCAAUUUAUCAAUAAAAGGUAUUUAUUUU